AUGGAAACACAAGGAAAACUGGAAAUAGAGUCCACCACACAGGGAUAUGAGGUAGACUUUGAGUUAGAUCCCAACCAGCAGAGAGUGAUGGAGGAAUUAAGAAAGGGAAACACGAUGGUGUUCGCGCAGGCACCGGCAGGCACGGGAAAAACUUAUGUUGUCGCAGCUUACGUUAGUGAACUAUACAGGAAAAUCCGGGCACUGCAGGAUCGGGAACUUAUCGUGAUAACCGCCCCAACAAAUUUGGCGGUACAGAACGUAAUUAAGCGUAUAUGUCAGUUCGAACCCACGAUACCAGUCGGAGAAAUGCUUUUGCUCCAGUCGGCUGUAGCAGAGAAGCUCUACCCAGGAGAGCCGUCAGAAGAAUGGCAACGAUAUAAAUUAGCAAACACACUAAAAUUCUACCAAAAGGAAGAAAUUCCAGAAGCACUGUGUUCUCUGGCGACUCGAUACAUCGAACAACGUGCAAAGAGAGACGGACGGAAAUACAAGGAGGGCAGAGUACUAAUGUUAGCCUUAAAGAUCAAGAAACCUACAAUUGUUCUAGGUACGGAACCAAUGAUAACCAACUUCCUGAUGCAAUGA